AUGACUGCACGCAACAGAUACCAAGGCACCCAUCGCAAACUCGUCAUAGCGUUUGACGUAGGAACCACAUUUUCUGGCGCCUCUUACGCCAUCCUUGACCCUGGCCUCGUGCCAGAGGUACGUGGCGUAACAAGGUUUCCUGCCCAACAAAAAGUCGGUGGCGACUCAAAGAUUCCCAGUAUAAUCUAUUAUGACAAGGAUGGUGCCGUGCGUGCCGUAGGUGCGGAGGCCACGCAGGAGGCGUUUCUCGAGGAAGCCGAAGACAACGAAUAUAUCAAGGUCGAAUGUAUCUCUUUGAGUGUACAGCGCACUUAUAUCAUAGAAGCCAACCCUUCCGGGGCGACGUUUUGGGACUCUGUCGCAGACAACUGUCGAAUUCAUAUUGACUCACCCCGAAUGGAUGGGAAGGGACCACAGCAGGCUAUUCAUGAGGAGAGCUGCAGUCAUCGCUGGUCUCAUCCCGGACUGCUCCUCAUGGACAGGCAGCGAUUACAGUUCGUCACGGAAGGCGAGGCGAGUCUGCACUUUCUGCUAUCAACAAGGGGGUUAUGGGCAACCUGCAGCAAGGAGACUGGUAUUAUCAUCGUCGAUGCCGGAGGCGGUACGGUUGAUCUCAGCGCUUAUGGAAAGACAUCGGAUUCCAAUACAUUCGAGGAAAUCGCGGCCACCCAAUGUCGCCUACAAGGAUCGGUCUUUGUGGGCCGGCGCGCAAGAGCCUACCUCGAAGAUGAAUUGGCCGAGUCGAAAUUCAAGGGCGAAGACGAUAUCAACCAAAUUGCUAACGUCUUCGACAAAACGACCAAGCUCGGAUUCCGCAAUGCAUCCGAGCCCCAAUUCAUACGCUUCGGCAGUGCCCGGGACAAGGAUCUCAGUGUUGGCAUAAGGAAUGGGCAGAUGAAAAUCGCCGGCGAUGUCGUUGCCAAGUUCUUUGAGCCUUCCGUUACAUCCAUCGUCGAAGCCGUGACGGAUCAAAUGAAAGAAGCUUCCCAGAAUGUUUCGACCAUAGUUCUAGUGGGUGGUUUCGCAGCCAGCGACUGGCUGUUUUCGCAACUUCAUCAACAACUAGAAUCUCGCGGAUUAUCUAUCUGUCGCCCAGAUGGGCACGUAAACAAAGCUGUGGCCGAUGGGGCGUUAUCAUUCUAUCUGGACCACUUUGUUUCCGCACGAGUCGCUAACUUUACCUACGGGAUCGAAUGCGUCACAGAUUUCCAACGUUCCAAAUCCGACCACCUCGCGCGUGCAUCAACAGUGAUUCCCAUGCCCUCAGGCCGGUCUGUGGUGCCUCAUAUGUUCAGUCCCAUUUUGACGAAGGGUACUCGUGUGCAGGAAGAGAAGGAAUUCCUCCAGCGUUAUUGGCAAGAAGGCGCACACAUUCGUUCGAUGGAAAACCUUUACGUCGACCUCAUGUGUUAUCGUGGACCGUCUCCGGCUCCCGAUUGGAUUGACCUCAACCCUCAUAUGUUUUCCACCCUUUGCACGGUACAGGCCGACACAUCCGGUAUAACGCAGGGCCUGAGUCUAGAGACGGCACGAGGUGGUCAACGCUUUUAUACCAUCAGAUUUGACGUUGUCCUUCUCUUUGGACUGACAGAGCUCAAGGCUCAGCUCCAGUGGGUCGAGAACGGCGAGACAAAACGGUGCCCUGCCGUUAUUGUGUAUGACGACGUCAAAGGGAUGAACUAAGCAGCGUCUUGUUGUCAAUUGGCUCAUACUACUUCCUCUAUCUUGUAUAUCGCACUGAUCGUGGACCAUAUUCCUUUAGCAUCACUUUCUUAGGGCUCCAUAUGUCUCUUUCUCUUUCUUCGUUGUAGGUCCUGUCCAUCAAUAUAAUUAUGAUUGGCCACAAGUGCCAAUCAAUCAUGCAGACGCUUCUCGAGAGACCUCGCUCAAUAAAGAGGACUCCUUGUUUCUUUCUCUUGAUACGGAGUGUGUCCGGCCUGUAUCAUGGAGUUCGACAGAUAUCAUAGCCUGGCCUUACGAUUGAUAUUGGACAGGUGUUAGGUUUUCAUAACGCUAGCCACUUAGCUACUUACCGCAUAUAUAGCUUUCUACUAGGAUGAAGUGAUCGGGGAUCGACUACUCAUUACUCCAUUUCAUCGAAAUUAACUUUAUUUGACUGUUGUGACAGUUAACUU